AUGACUAAAUUUUUCAUGUUUAAUAAAUGGGGAAGGACUCGAACAAUAAUUUAUAUAUUUUCCGCAAUCUUUCUUCUAAACUUUAUACUAAUAUGUUUUUCACCCCUAUCGUCAAAUGAAUACAAAGACGAUUUAAUAACACUACCACCACUUCCUUCACCAUCACCAAUUUCACGAUGGCCAAUCUCUCAAUGGCCAUCUAAUAUAAUAAAUGCACCUUGCUUACCAAAAAUAUAUGUUUAUAAAAUUCCAGAAAACUUGAAAUCUCAGAGUUAUUAUGGACAUGAAAUAUGUAAAGGAUCGAAUUACAAUGUUGAAGUGACAUUUUACGAACAGCUUAUAAACUCUGGAAAAAUUAAAGAUUUAUAUGUAACUUCUAAUCCUGAAGAUGCAGAUUUUUUUUUCAUACCAUUUUUUGGUUCUUGUUAUCUGAUGAAUUGUUGGAAUACCAAUAAUUGGGAUUAUACCAAACGAUGUGAAGUGGAAGAAAAAUAUUUGAUUCCUUUAAUGAAUUGGAUAAUGCAGGAACAUCCAUAUUGGAAUAAAACUAACGGAAGGGAUCAUAUCAUGGUUCAUCCUAUGGAUCGAGGUUCACUUUAUUAUCCGAAAAGUCAAAAUUUGAUGCUGAAUGCCAGUUUCUUAACUAUAGUUGGCGAUAAAAGAAUUUCUGGUUUUAUGGAACAUAGAUAUCGACGUAUGAGAGAUAUUGUGAUUCCUUCAGCUACUAGGAUUUUGAAUGCAGCAAAAAUUAAUCCAAGAGAUUAUGUAGAUGAUGAUGGAAAUAAGAAUAAUAGAGACAUUUUUGCAACGUUCAGGGGUUGUUGUCGGAACGUUAAACCGGACGAUGAAUAUUCUCUUGGUAUUAGAUCGAUAUUGUUUAGUGGAUUGGCAAAAUCUCCAAGAUAUAAGAUUGAUGAAGAGGAAAAUCAUACACACGAAGACUAUGCCAGGUUAUUAGCGAGAACAAAGUUUGGACUCGCACCUCAAGGAUGGACUUUGGACACUACUAGGCUUUGGGAAUAUUUAGCCUUUGGAGUUGUGCCCGUUAUAAUCGCUGAUGGAAUCGUAUUACCUUUUGAAAAUGACAUUGAUUGGAAGAGCAUGGUGGUUUUUAUUCGUCGAGAUGAAGCACAUCUUAUUGAUGAAAUAUUACUUUCAAUAACCGAAAAUGAAUAUAAACGAAAAAGACACCGUGUAUGGGAGAUAGGUAGUCAAAUAGAUAAAAAUUCAUGGCACUAUAUUGCACGAGAUUUAUGUAGAAUGUUAGAUCGAGUUGAGCCUAUUAAGUUAGACUUAUAA